AUGGAGCUGACCCGCCCGCGCCCCGAUAAUCCUAGCUUCCCGCCGCCCCCGCGCCCCUUGCGCCCAGCCCGGCCCCACGCAGCCCUUAAACUUCGUCUGACGCGCGCCCGCCCGCCCUACCUGCGCCCCGGGUGGAGCGGAGCGGACAGCGCCCGGGUAAGUCUGCGCGUGGCCGCAGGACCGGCGGGAACUUCCCGCUCCGCCCCGCCUGGCGCCCGUCCCCGCCCGGCGCCCGCCGCGACCCGGCACCCCGCGGGACCCGCACAGGCUCUCGGGGCCGCAACUCGGACUCCCGCAGGGGAAAUUGAGGAGCAGCCCCCGCGGGGUCUGCGGUCACUCACUCGGCAGCGAGUCCCCGAAGCGUCAGCCACGGACCGCGUCCCCCCGACGCCGACUCGCACCUACCGAAGUUGGCGGCAGGAGCGGCCGCGCUUGCGCCACGGCGUCGGGCUCCGGGGGGCGCAGCGACCUCCAACCCGGGCUCGCGGGGGGAGGGGGGUGCGGGAAAGCCAACAGCCGUCUCCCCUCCGCCACCUCAGGUGUCCCCUGCCCCAGUCUCUUCCCGUCUACUGCCCACUGUCUCACCCCAUCCCCCGCGCACUCACCGGCCUUGCGCGCUCGGGACCCGCUCAGCAAUACCCGCAGCUCCCGUAA